UUUAAAAACGUGGCGCUCACUGUUCCUGAAAUAAUUUGUACUUUUAUUCAAAUAAUCGUUCGUAUAUUUUAUCUCUCUCUUGUGUUCUUGCCUAUUAGCAUUUUGUAUCCACUGAUUUAUGUGUCGACUAAUACCAGGCAAUUUUGGUACGAGACAUUGCUAUUUGGUGAGUUAUAGGCCAAUUAAUGAACGAACUGACGUGCUUUCAAUUAAAUGGUUCAACUUGAGUGGUCCCAUCUUCCUGAAGCUGGGUCAGUGGGCCUCCACCCGGCGCGACCUGUUCCCUGACGAGCUGUGUAGCCACCUGUCGCGCCUGCAGCGCUGCACCAGGCCCCAUUCGGCGCUGCACACCGUCAGGCUGUUCAGGCGGGCCUACGGACCCCACUGGGAUAACAUUUUUGUCAAGUUUUCCAACGACGGGGAUCCCAUUGGAUCAGGAUGCUGCGCUCAGGUAUAUAAGGCAUGGAUUAACCCUGAAACAGUGGACAGUCUAACAGCUGAUCAGCACGUGCAUCAAGAAUCAAAAGUUUUGGGAUUUCUGAGUGAUGUUUUGGAAGCAGUGGGACUAGCUGGUUUUCUCGACAGCUACUUCAAGCCAGCCAACAUGCUGAGCUCAAGCUCAUCUUGUGAAGGUGAUGAUGGCCUUAUUCCUGUUGCUGUUAAGGUUCUGCACCCUGCAAUAGAAAGAACUCUUAGGCAAGACUUGAGCAUCAUGAAGGGGGUUGCGAGAAUGGUAACCUGGAUGUUUCCCAGUCUGCAUUGGCUGAGUUUGUCGGACUGCGUUGAUGACUUUGCCCAGACGAUGAAGGCUCAGGUGGAUUUUCACGUGGAAGCGGGGAACUUGGAGAGGUUUACCCACAACUUUGAGUCGAACGACGCGGUCGUGUUCCCCCGACCUCUCUGGGCGCUGACGAGACCGUACCUGCUGGUGGAAACAUUCGAGGAGGGGCGGCCCAUGCAGGACUACGUCUCAGGCAGGCGGCGGGACCCUCGGCUGGCAGAGUUGGGCAUCAACACCAUCUUCAAGAUGGUGUUCGAAGACAACUUCGUGCACGGGGACCUCCACCCGGGCAACAUGCUGGUGCAGGAGCGGGCGCGGAGCGGGGCCGUCCAGAAGCGGGGCUGGCUGUCGGGACUGCGAGUGAGGCCGCGGCUGCCCCAGGCGCCCGAGCGCCGCCUGGUCGUGCUGGACUGUGGCAUCGUGACCAGGCUCGACGCCCGCGGGGAAAAGGCGCUCAAGGCCGUUUUCUCGGCAGUCGCCAACAACGACGGUGACCGCGUGGCGGAGUUGUUCCUGGAGCACUCCAAUCACCAGUGCGACGAUCCCGCCGGCUUCAAGCAAGAGAUGAGGGAGUUAGUCACUGCUGCUCUGUCGAAAAAUGUCACCUUACAGUCGGUGCAGGUGGCGGGACUGCUGAGCUCGCUGUUCCAGACGAUAACCAAGCACAAGGUGAAGCUGGACGGGAGCUUCUCGUCGAUCAUCCUCGCCAUGAUGGUGCUGGAGGGGCUGGGCCGCUCGCUCGACCCCACCAUCGACGUGGUCGACAAGGCGAAGCCCUUCCUCCUGUCUGCCAUGUGAUUGUCCGCUCGGCCGGCUCCACGUGCCGUUACUCGCGAAGAGUCGGAAGGAAAAAAAACUACGAUUCUCACUACAAAGAAAACGAGGUUAGAAGUACUAGCUGAUGGCGUUGGCGAUUUCACUCGCGAAAACUUUCGCACCCGAGUUCUCGACUACGGUUGGUAACGGAAAACCUUUGAAGUAUCAACCUCCCAUAGACAUCUCAGGUGCGUAACAGAUUUCCUGACUAGGAGAACGACAGAAUUUGUAAGUUCGCGAGUUAAUAAAUAGUUAAAUUGUACACUUAACCAUAAACCAAAAUAUGACAUGAACUGGUUCUGAACUUCUGUGCGUGAGAUUGACAGGGUUUUGCUCACAGGACUGCUUCUACUCUCGAGCAGAGUCUUAGCGCCUGUGACAUGUUGCCAACGCCCACAUUCAUCAUCAAGUUGGUACUUCAGAAUCAUCAGCUUGUGAAUAACUGCAACUUAUGAAAGAAAACUUUUUACAGGUCAUCCUCACACUAGAUAUAUAUUUUUUUAAUUAAGUUGUGGAAAUGUGUGACAAUGUUGCUAUUUUUUAUACGUAAUUAAUUUAUAAAUGUACACUUUGGUGGUUGAAUAUUAAAAGAUAUAUUAUAUGUAUAUUUCUAUGUUUUUACAUGCCAAAUAAAACUAUUUUUGUCUAGUUAAAAUUCUAA